AUGGACUCAACAGGGCACGGAACACGCAUGCAAGGCGCUUCCGGUGGAGGCAGGAGUCUUUCCAAGAACAAGAAGUGGGUCGCCGGGAAGAACAGCACCAGCAACGGUCAUGGAAGUGACAGUGAACGACGGGAGCGCGGCGGACUUGCUAGACGACGCGGAGGUAGAAACAGAGAUGCUACUUCCUCCUCACCUUUCCUCAGUAUCCCUGACGGUAACGAACAUGAAGAUGCUGCCAGCGGCACAGACGAAGAGAAAAGUUUCGACGAUGAUGGCAUGGGCGAGGAUAUUCAUAUUGAUAGUCAUACUGAGACACCAGAUCCAGAGACGCCACAAGAACGUGAACGUUUCUGGCAAGAACUGGUCAAAACUCGAGAAGCAGAACGUAAGCGAGCUAUAGCGGAGGGCAAAAUGGAUGAUCCGACCGUCUCAAAACGUCUUGACGAAGCUAUUACGAUGGUUGGAACGUGUAUGGACAUGUGUCCCAGAUUCGAGCGGUACAGACGUGAACGGGAGAACAACCUCGAUAAAUGGGAAGUGAUACCGGGAACGAAGCGGGUGGAUCAUAGACGUGCCGUCAAGAUCUACGAACGUGCUGCUGGGGAUAAGACGUUACCGUCUGAUUUGCGUCCACCUACGGUGCUGAAAAAAACGCUAAAUUAUCUGUUCCACGACUUACUUAUAAGAGGUGGCUUCACUCAAACUUACGAUUUCAUUCGUGAUCGUUCUCGUGCCGUGAGGAGCGAUUUCACCAUGCAGCAUGAACAGGGCCCACUUGCCAUUGAAUGCCAUGACCGUUGCGCACGGUUUCAUAUCUUGGCCCUUCAUCUUGAACGUGAAAAUCCUAGAUUUUCUGUUGCUCUAGAGGAACAGCAGCUUAUGAAUACAUUACAAAGCUUGAAGGAAUUCUAUGAGGAUCAGCGAGGCAAAUACCAAGCCCCCACCGAGCUGGAGAUGCGUGUCUACCAUCGACUCAUCCACAUCAGAGAUCAACGUGAACGACGCGAAGACAUUCCCGAUGAGAUCACGAAUCAUCCCGUUUUUCAAUACACCACACAAUUCCGUCUACACGUACAAGAUAAAAGUGCACCUAUAUCGAAGACGUCACGCCUUGUUGUUGACGCAGAAGGCAUGCAGAUUUUUGGUCAGCUUGCGGCCGUACUCAGAGAGCAAGGCGAUGUCGUGAUGAUAUACCUCGUUGCAUGCAUUUUGGAGAGACUUUUUGGGCCGGACACAAUCGAUGAUAUCGAGGCUAUCCGCGGCGAGUUGACUGUUCCGCAAGUCAUCGAUGGUAUUUCUACGCCAUCUUCAGGGCAAAGUUUAGUGGAUGCGAUUGCUCCUGCGUUAGGCCACACGUCAAGACAAUCUGGUACACUUCCGACGCCGGUACCCACGAAUCCGCCACCAUUUGACGCCACCGGCGUCACGCAUGGCCUUUCAUCCUUCGAACAAUCUGCUAAAACUGUUUCGGCAUUUGGUAAUUUAGAAACUACAAGCGCGAGUUCACCGAUGGCGCCUGCAACCUCCGCCUUUGGAAGCCUAACCUCUACACCCAACGUAUUUGGUACGUCUACUGUCUUUGGAGGGUCGAAGUCGGGAUCAGUUUUUGGAGGUGCUGUGAAGUCGGUCUUCGGGACGUCCGCCAAUUCGUCAAGCUCGCCCGCGAUACCUGCUCCUGAUCCAGCUCCGACAUCUCAACCGGCCCCGUCUAUAUUUGAUGGAUUUUCUUUCUCUCAGGGAAAGAGCACUACUGUGCCCUCGUCUGGCGCCGCAAAAUUUCCAUCAAUUCAACAGCCUGUGCUAUUCGGGGAGAAUGCUAACGACUCUUUCCUGACAUCUGGGAUCGUUCAACCAGCUACUCCCCCGUCAAAUAAUUCGUCCUCGCCUUUGAAUCCGAACCCUCUAGCGCCGUCUUUCACGCCCAGAAAAUCAUCCUUCUUCUUAACACCUCCAAUCAGUGCGCCUUCUCCACCAACUAGCAAUUUGCCAAGUUCCCCAAGCAAGAUCAGCAAUUUUUCCUCUGGAGCAACCGCACUAUUCUCAUCAGUUCCUUCCACCACUCCCCCAACGCAGCCGCCUUUUGAUAUAUCAUCUCUAAAUCAACGGGAGCAAGCAUCGGCACUUGGCGACGUAGCGGGCCCACCUGCUCCACGCAUUAUUUCGAGACGCCAGACUCUAUGGGAUUUUUCGAGUUCUUCGUCGUCUCCUCAGUCUCAGACACCAAUUCGUGACCAGGGAUCUAUCUCGGUACCUCCUGCUCUGACCACAGGUCUAGCGUCACCGGCAUCGCCGCUAGUGCCUCCCCCCAUGAAUAAACUGCCUCCCCUCGCGCUGCCCCCUACGCCUACCGCCAGAUGGUUUGAUCCUAAUUCACAAAACAGUCCUUCCACCUCGAGCGUGAGGAAGAAAUCUAUCCUUAGCUUCCCGGCGCUUCAGAUGCCCGCCUUUGCGCCGUCUGAGAUACUAAGUCCGUUGCAGCUCCAGUCGCCCACGGCUUCGAGGCUUUUCCAGGUGCCUGCAGGAAGCCCCUCUCCUCAGGUGCCAUAUUCCGAGUCCCUCAAGCCUACCCCUCAAAUCCAGACACAGGAAAAGAUCUCCAUCAACGGCCACUCAUCUCUCCAUAAGGGGAAAGGGAAGGAGAAAGCUGUUGUUGUCGAUCUCGACGCACGAUUAUCUGAAUAUCUAAAAACUGCACCUCUAGUCAGAAGGUGUUUUAAGCUGUGGAUGAGGAGGGCUACUGACAGAGCAGCGUGGCUGGAAGCCUGCCGCCGGAGUGACGCUUAUCAAGCGAAGGUGCAACGAGAGCGACUAUCAAAAAGUCUCAAUUCCAAGCCUAGUCAAAGUCAGAAGACGAAGCGUAGAAUCUCUAGCGUGGAACCGUCAAGCGUCAAGCGUGCAAAGCGAAGGGUCAGUACCUCCUACGUUCAGCCACUUGCAGACGAGGAUUUGGCGCGUCGAUUGAAAGAGAACCAUGCGGAGCACCAACGACGGUGGGCUCAAGGAUCACUGCUGCGUGCUGUGCGUGCCCAGGUGCGAAAUCAGAGUCUGGAUGGGUGGAUCCCACCAGCCAUGAGGAUAUGGUUGUCGCUAAAUCCGGAGAACGAUGGGACGGCGAUCUGGUUAGAACACAAAUUCGAUGUUCCUGCCUCUGGUGUAUGGGACUCUGAGAGUGUGUUCUCUAUUCCGGCCGAUCCUGCUGUUCCAGCGACUACUCGUGGAUGUCCCGGGGUCAUCGUUUUUGAGCGUACACCCCUUGAAGGGAUAACUGAUGAGCUUGAAAGAAAAUACAGAAUACUUGACGAUUGCGCUCGCCUUCGAGACCUCAUAGCAAGUAUCUCUUCUAGCGAAGAUUCAUUUAGUCGGACACUCGUGACCAUACAAUGGUCGGACGGUGGUGAAGCGGAGAACGAGAGCGAUUUCCUUGACAUGACACGCAAGGUCGUCUCUCAGGCAUACACUUUCAGUAUUGCCUCCAAUGCAACUGACCUUGAUGCCAAGUUUACCGAGUUUUUGGAGAACGUGCAUAUUGAUGUCUUGGAUGUAACCAAGACGCGAGUAUCAUGGAAAAGUCUAGUAUCCACUUUCCAAACGCCAUUUAAGGCAAGGAUGUCCGAUUGGCUCGACCUCUGUUGGGUGGACGACGCGCUGGAUUGGUUCCGCUAUGGGCAUGUAUUGGAGGCUAUCAAAUAUACACAAGUUGAAAUGGCUCAGACGAUGCUCGUUCUUCUUGGGCACCCUCCUAAGGUCCACGUCAAAACCCCAGUAGAUCUGGAGACUCCUUUACAUUUGGGGAAAGGAUACAUGAUGGGUCCAUUCUUAGAUGCCCAUGCCGAUUUACCCGUCGCGACGGUUGCCAAUAUGGUCGACGCAGAAUUAUCCUCGAUUUUCAGCUUGGACAUUCUCGCUUUCCAUACUAGCGUGCCUAAGUUCGAGAAGUUUAUCGAAUCACAAAACGAUCGUCUGCGAGAAUACCUUCUCACUCCCAUUCCCCCCCGUAACGACGUGCGAGGAUCUCCCAAGCGAAAAGCGGUAGAUGAUGACGUCUUGACGGACAGUCUGCAAGCACCUCAAUCAAAUAAACGCAUGAGAUCGACCAGUCUCACCAGUGCUGAUCUCGGGAUGCCAAACGGGACGGCUUACUCACCACCGCCCAGCACCAUAGUGUCGACUGCGGGCGGCACAGAUAGCGCCGACCGACCAUAUGUUACCGUCGCGAUGCUGCGGUCAUUGACUCGAGACGUGUUGAAGACGUACGGCCAGAAGGCGUAG